GACGUGUCAUUUUCUGGACCGGACGCUUAUUCAGGAACAACAACGCGGAUACUCUUUCAACCACCCCGGUAGCUUGCUAGCCAACAUAAAACUGAAAGGUUUACGUUUUAGACCAUGUUUGUGUACAUUAGCUAAUCCCAGUGUUUUAAACAAAUUUCGGUUGACGUAUCAACUGCUUAACUUUAACCUAAUUUGCUUGUUCAAUUUGCAAACUUGUUAAAGAUUGAUACUGAGCCUAGCACUAGGCUAGUCGCUAAUGCUACCUAGCUAGCUAACAUCCCUGACAAUGAGCACACCAAACUACUCCUCCCUUGCUAAUGAAGAGGGGGUCUGCUGUAUGGAGAAAGAAUCUUUCAGAAUGAAAAAGGAGGAAGAGGAGGCUGUUAUAGUGAUAGAAGAGAAAGAACCUUUUAGAGAGGAAGAGGAUGCUAUCUCAGUAAAGGUGAAGGAGGAAGACGUUUUGGGAGUGAAAGAGGAGGAGACAGAAUAUCCGAUUAACACCAGAGAGAGACAUGACUAUCGUGGAUCCUCUGGGGAGCCUCAACAACAUCCUGAUGCUGACGAGUCAGAGAAGAGUCUCUCCAGAUCAGAACACCAGAUGGACAACACUAGCCCUUCCUCCCUCCCGGAGUCCCCGUGUCGUGCCUCUCCCGGUAGCACCUUACUGCUGGGUAUGAAGAGGUUGUCUGUGCUGCUGGUGGACUGCAGGAAAACAACGGGGCUGAGUGGAACUGUGAGAGGAAGAGGAGAGAAGAAAGGAUCAGAUUUGACUCAUCAAAGAGAGAGAUGUGACUAUCAUGGAUUCUCUGGGGAGCCUCAACAACAUCCUGAUGCUGACGAGGCAGAGAAGAGUCUCUCCAGAACAGAACACCAGAUGGACAACGCUAGCCCUUCCUCCCUCCCGGAGUCCCCGUGUCGUGCCUCUCCCGGUAGCGCCUUACUGCUGGGUAUGAAGAGGUUGUCUGUGCUGCUGGUGGACUGCAGGAAAACAACAGGGCUGAGUGGAACUGUGAGAGGAGGAGAAGAGAAGAAAGGAUCAGAUUUGACACAUCAAAGAGAAAGACCAGACUCAGAGGAACCAGAGCCAGGGACGUCCAAACCAGCAAGACGACACCAGUGCUCCCACUUUAGAAAGGGUUGUAACCGGUUAUGGAACCUGAAACAACACGAGAAAAUACACACAAAGGAGAAGCCUUACCACUGCUCCCAGUGUGGAAAGAGUUUUAAGCUUUUAGGAACCCUUAAAGCCCACGAGAGAAUACACACAGGGGAGAAGCCUUACCACUGCGCCCAGUGUGGAAAGAGUUUCAAACGGCCUUGUCAUCUGAAACAACAUGACAGAAUACACACAGGGGAGAAGCCUUACCACUGCUCCCAGUGUGGACAGUGUUUCAAGCGGUCAGGGGAGCUGAAACGACAUGACAGAAUACACACAGGGGAGAAGCCUUACCACUGCUUCCAGUGUGGAAAGUGUUUCAGCAGUUCAGGGGAGCUGAAACGACAUGAGAGAAUACACACUGGGGAGAAGCCUUACCACUGCUCCCAGUGUGGACAGUGUUUCAGCCAGAAAGGAAAGCUGAACCAACACGAGAGAAUACACACAGGGGAGAAGCCUUACCACUGCUCCCAAUGUGGAAAGAGUUUUAAUGUGUUAGAAACCCUUAAAGCUCACGGAAAUAUACACACCGGGGAGAAGCCUUACCACUGCUCCCAGUGUGGAAAGUGUUUCAGCAGAUCAGGGGAGCUGAAACGACAUG